GGGGGGGAGCGGCCGCCGCGGGGAGCGCGCAGGCACUGCGGGGCGGGGGUCAGGGCCCCCCCGGCACCCCCAGACCGGCCCGGGGCUCCGCGCCUUUGGGUACCACCCCCUCCUUUGGCUCUGCGGGAGCCCGGGGGUGCCCUGGGCUGAGCUGCCCCCCCGGCAGGGACGUGGCAGCGUGUUUUUCAGUCUGCCUGUUGUAACACUCUUUAUUUUUAAUUAUUUUUUCUAAUUAUCUUUUUUAAUUAAUUCUUUUUAAUUAUUUUUAAUUCCCUCCCCCCACCCCGGGGAUGUGGACCCGGGGGCUGCCGCUGCUCCCCCUCCGCAGGGGCUGCUGCCAGCAGUAGGUGCCCCCCCGCCAUGGGGCAGGGUGCCGUGGGGCUCAGCUUGGCCGAGGUGCUGGCGGGGGGCAGCGGGGUGCAACCAGCCGGGACCCCACUGCCGCUGGACAUGGGACACACGCUUCCUCCCGGGAGGGAUGCUCUGAGCCCCAGCCAGGGGCUGGACUGCUGGGAGGUGCGGAAACACAACAGUUCGGAGUGGUGCCACUUCAUCCGGAGCAACCCCGACUGCCGGCUGGAGGGCGGCUUCCUUGACUACCUCGAAGGGGUCUUUUGCGUCUUUCCCCCCCGGCUGCUCCCCGUGGCCGUGACCCUCUACGCUCUCUGGCUCCUGUACCUGUUCGUCAUCCUCGGUGUGACAGCAGAGAAGUUCUUCUGCCCCAAUUUAUCAGCCAUCUCCACCAACCUGAAGCUGUCUCACAACGUGGCAGUCUUUUCCUUGACAUCCUCUCUCCAUGGUGUCACCUUCCUGGCCUUUGGCAAUGGGGCACCGGAUGUCUUCAGCGCUGUGGUGGCCUUCUCCAACCCACGGACGGCAGGGCUGGCCAUCGGGGCCGUCUUCGGCGCUGGUGUGUUCGUGACCACGGUGGUGGCCGGGGGCAUCGCUCUGGUCAAGCCCUUCACAGCCGCCUCCAGGCCCUUCCUCAGGGAUGUCAUCUUCUACAUGGUGGCUGUCUUCCUCACCUUCAUGGUCCUCUACUUCGGCAGGAUCACGCUGGGAGAGGCUCUGGGUUAUUUGGGGCUGUACGUCUUCUACGUCUUCACCGUGGUGCUCUGCACUUGGAUUCACCGGCGGCAGCAGGGGGAAGGGCUGCCCCCCCCCGGCUCCUGGGAGCCAGAGAUGUCGAGGGACGCUGAAGAGCGGGAGUCCUCGGGCACGAACAGCGCAGACUAUGGCGAGGAGUACCGGCCGCUGCUCCCCUCCCGGGAGUCCUCCCUGCGCAUCCUCGCCGCUGCCCUCAGCCCUCUGGACCACCGCAAGUGGAGGAGGAAGCCCUGGUACUGGCGGCUCUUCAAGGUCUUCAGGGUGCCCGUGGAGCUGGUGCUGCUGCUCACCGUUCCCGUCGUGGAUCCCGACAGGGACGACCUGAACUGGAAGAGACCCCUCAACUGCUUGCACAUCCUCACCAGCCCCCUGGUCUGCAUCCUCACCCUGAAGUCAGGCGCCUAUGGGCUGUACCAGAUCCAGGGCGUCUUCCCAGUCUGGGCACUGGUCACACUGGUUGGCUCUGUCCUGGCCGUCAUCAUCUUCAUCACUACAAGCAAUGAAGAGCCACCUAAAUAUCACUGCGUAUUUGCCUUCGUCGGGUUUUUGGCCAGUGCCAUGUGGAUCAACGCUGCAGCCACAGAGCUGGUGAACAUCCUCCGGACCCUGGGCAUCAUCUUCCAGCUGAGCAACACCGUGCUGGGCUUGACGCUGCUGGCCUGGGGCAACAGCAUCGGUGACACCUUCUCCGACCUCACCAUGGCGCGGCAGGGCUAUCCCCGCAUGGCCUUCUCCGCCUGCUUCGGGGGCAUCAUCUUCAACAUCCUGGUCGGCGUGGGACUGGGCUGCCUGCUGCAGAUGGGCAGCACCCAGCUGGUGGUGAAGCUGGAGCCUGACAGCCUCCUCGUUUGGAUCCUCGCCGGGGCCCUGGGGCUGAGCUUGGUCUUCUCCUUCGUGUCGGUGCCAGCGCAGUGCUUCCAGCUGGGCAAAGCGUACGGCAUCUGCCUCAUCCUCUACUACCUGGCGUUCCUCUGCGUGGCCCUGCUGACUGAGUUCAGGGUGAUCCGUCUCUCCCCCGCCUGACCAGCGGCCAUCCCGGACUCCCUCUCUUCCUUCCCACCGAAUCGGGGCCUCGCUCUCCCCUCUCCCUGUCCCUGCCGGGGGAAUAAGGGCACACCUUGACCCCAACCUUGUGCUGGAGGUGUCACCUGCCAGCCCAGCCCUUGGCCUUCGCUUUCCAGAGGUGGGUGGGUUGGUUGUGCUUUCGGGAAGGAAAAGGAGCUGUUAGUCAUUAGCUACAUCCUCUCCCCGCUCUAAUCUUGUUUAACUCAAGGUGGCCCUGAGCAGGAGCGAGGUUAAGACCUCAGUAGGGGUGGCAGAGGCAGA